AUGCUUAUACUUGUCGCUGGAGUCUCCGGAAACAUGGGCCAGAAACUGGUUCAUUCUCUUACUUCCCGAGGACACCGUGUCCGGGGUCUCGGACGGGAUGCUUCUAAGCUAGUCCCCCACACCUACGCCUUAUUGGACGACUUCGUCACUUGUGAAGUCUACUACGAUUCUGCCGCAUUGGAUCGCGCCUGCGCUGGGGUAGACGGCAUCAUUUGCGCGUACGGUAUGGAUCCGCGCCUUCAACUGGAAGGGCAACUCUUGCUCCUGCGCGCAGCCGAGCGGGCCAAUGCUUAUGAUGCACUUGUCAGCUUCCGCCAUCAUGUCGAAAUGACUUCCGACAUCAAGCCAAUAUAUGUUUUCAAUAGUAUAUUCGCCGAAACACUAUUUUCUACGAUUGGACACGGCCAUGUUGGUCCAGACAUGCCCCUGGUCUGGGACUCAAGCACCAAGACUAUGAACAUCUGGGGAACUGGCCACUCAGUAUGGUACUGGACAACCGAGCAGGACUCUGCGGAGUUUACAGCCGAAAUCAUUCAACGGAACGACGCCGCCCAGGGUGGAUGUUGGAACGUCUGUUCUGGGGCAAACUCCCUCCUCGAGAUAGCCAAGGUGUAUGAGCAGGAGCGAGACGUUCAAGUCAAGCUCAAUAAGCUAGGUACCAUUGACGACCUCAGGGAGAAAGCGUUAAAGGCUAGGAAGGAGGGAAGGAAAACCGACUAUCGUUUGUACAUUGGUUGGUUCUAUCAACUGUACGCCAUUGAUGGUACCUGGGUCUUUCCCAAGCUCGAUAAUGACAUCCUUGAGGUCAAGACCACAUCGUUGGUUGAGUUCCUCAAAAUGCAUCCCGACAUUUGA